UGUAAAUUACAAUUGACAUGUCCAUGUAAAUUUUCAACUUUUCCAGUGAUUGCUGCCAAUGAGCUGCAAGCUCGUGUCAUGGCUUUUUUUUUUAAUGAAAAGCCAAUAAGACAGCAUUUGAUAACGGACUGUUGUCAGUGUCCCCAAAAUGUGUGCUCUUACUAGUAAUUCACGAUCUACUAAGAACAAAAACGCCACGACUUGCAAUUAGGCUGAAUCGUCCCAUCCUAAGAGAAUAGCUAUACCUUUCAUGCCCAAGCGGGCCGCUUGAUUUUUUACAAUAACUACUGAAAUUCUUGCGCGCUCGCCUUUGGCUAAUUUUCAUAGUCAAUACGCGGAGAGACUCGUGAAUUUUUAAUUUUCACUCAAAUUUGUCCCUUCUGCCUUUUUGUUAUUGUAAAAAAGGAAAACAAAUUGACAUCAGGUUUCAGGUGCAUGCGUCUGUCAUGUCAGUUGACAAUGAAUUUCGUCACAACAUUGUCAAAGUAGCCUGCGGAUCAACUCGGCUGUCGCUCAUGGUCAAUAACAGGACAGACGCAUGACAAACUGACACGUUUUAAGUCCUUUUAGCCAUUAGCUAGGACGCGUUCACGAAGGCAACUGUCAAUAUCGCUUUUUAUAACGUCAGGGAUUACAUAUCAGAACAUGCCGUAAAUCGCCAUCUUGAUCUGCUGUCACAACUGAUACAACGGGACAAGAAUCAUCCCUCUGUAGUUAUGUGGUCUGUAGCUAGCCAUUCCGCUACGGCUUACAGCAGAAACAUCGGUACACACCUAAAACGAAUGAUGAGUUUCACGAGGGAGAUGGACUUACAGAAACGCCCUGUUACAUACGUCACGUCAUCUAGUGAUAGGUUGAUGAUAGUGGAGGACCCUGCGCUUGAAUUCUGUGACGUUAUUUCUUUCAAUCGUCAUUAUGGAUGGAAUUGGUACCCAGGCCAACCCAACUUGAUAGCGAAGGCGUUGGAGGAGGAUCUGCGCGGUUUACAUCACGUGUUUGGUAAACCAGUUCUCAUGGCCGAAUAUGGAAGUAGCGCUGUCGCUGGGAUACAUAAGAAGCCGUCUUUGCUUUAUACAGAGGAGUACCAGGUCGAUACAAUGAAACAGUAUUUUCCUGUGUUUGAUCGACUCAGAAAAGAGUUUUUGACAGGAGAAAUGAUCUGGACGUUUACAGACUACAAUGUCCUAGAAUCCUACGAUGUCCUAUCAACCAACACAAAGGGACUCUUGACUCGUCAACGGCAGCCUAAAGCUUCUGCCCACGCGCUACGGCAGAGAUAUCAAGCCUUGGCCAUGGACGCACAUCCGAGGUUCACUGGCGACCAGUUACUGGAUGCCCUUAUAAGGUUCAAACCUCACGCUGGAGACCAGUCUCCUAUCAGUCAUCAGCAGCGGCUUCCUGCUUUGAUAAGAGAGGAAAGAGUCAAUACCACUAUACGGAAACGCUCCUUGGACGAAAUAAUGACAUUUUACGAGCAUAACUGACGCAAUGCAUUCAUAUC